ACCCCUUUCAUCUCGGUUAUUUACCAAGCGCCCUUAGACCGAGCAAGGAGAACCUUAGAGAACGCGUAAAUGGUGAGAAGAAAGUCGUCGAGAAAGGGUAGGUAACGGAGAACGUCGAACGUCGGUGGCAGACCGGGCCUUGACGAGAUUGUGAUAGUUUCAACGGAAGAAUAAACGAACGACUGAAGGAAUUUGUAAACGAGGGUAGAAGAAGAUUUUAUAGAUAAAAAUAACAUAUAGUAGGAAAAAAUAGAUAGAGAUAUAGUGCGAUUCUAGAAAGAGUAAUUUCUUUUGGAGAAAGAGAGAAGGUCUGCCAGAGUGAAGCGAAAGAAAAGGGGUAGAAAAGCAAGGUAACUCCAAUGUAUCACGGUCCCCGUCGCACGAACGAAGAAGCCACGGAAAUAUGUCGUUACCGCGUGAGUGGAGCCUGCAGGAUUCGGUUGAGCAUAUCGCAUGUGCGACAGCGUCGCAGGAGAUGGUCGGGACGACCGUCAUCGACGAGAAUAUGAAUCAACAGAACCAGCUGGGCUCACUGAUGUCGAUUCAUUCGGCGCCGGUUUUCGAUCUGAGCAACGGCGUGCCGUCACCGAAGAGACCGGCCUCUUUAGCCGUUCAGGCGACGGCUACCUCGACGCCAAUCGUGCCGCCUCAUCUCCAGAGCCCUGAGACCAUAGAGGACGAGGAUAACGAUAAUCUAUUGACGAUAUCCAGCUUGACAGCCCGACCGUUGAUCGCCAAGUCACGCGAGCUCCGUUCGACGAAAGUCACCAUCGGGAGGAAGAAACUGAAGAAGAACGAGUCGAAGAAAUUGAGAAACACGACGCAUGUACCGCUAGACGGGGGUUACGGCUGGGUCAUCGUCUUCGGAGCGUUCUUCGUUCAAUUCUGGGUGGCUGGAUUGGUCAAAUCCUAUGGAGUGUUGUACGUCGAGGUGAUGGAAACGUUCAAAGACUCGUCGGCGUCCGUUGCUUCUUGGAUACCGGCUAUUUUGUCUUGCCUUUGCCUCGCUCUUGCUCCGGUGACGAGUAUGCUGUGCCAGAAAUACAGUUGUCGAUCUGUCGUUUUUAUUGGCGGAUUGUUCUGCGCUUUGGGAUUAACGAUAAGCUAUUUCGCCACCAAGUUGAUACAUCUCUUUUUUACGUUCGGGGUUUUAACAGGUAUCGGCGGUGGCCUGUCAACAACGCCGGGUAUCAUUCUUGUCUCUCAAUAUUUCGAUAAGCACCGAGCGUUAGCGAACGGCAUAUGCGUUUCUGGCACGGCAGCCGGCAGUUUCGUGUUCCCGCUUCUGAUCAAGGUUCUCGUGGACACGUUCGGUUUCCAUGGUACGAUCCUCCUGCUGGGCGGUUGCAUGCUCCACGUCUGCGUCAGCGCGACGCUGUACCGGCCGUUGGAGAACAAUGACGCUCCUGCGAUAAUCACGUCGUCAUCUUCGCCGGCCAGGCAGCCGGAAAAGGUUGAGAAUCGAACGGAAAAGGAGUUAGAGACAGCAAAACAGCAGAAGUUAGAUUUAAUAUUCGCCAACGACACGACCGCGAGGCAUAAUCUGUUGAACGAAUUGUUUCAUCAGAACAACGUGGUGGCGAUAGAGCUGACGGACAGUGACGAGGAGAAGGACGUGAUAGGAGAGGUCCUCCACAUGAAACCAAUUUCGAAGAUACGUAGCUCGAGCAUAUUACACAGCGUCGAGGAUCUGUCAACUGACUCUACGUGCGUGUAUAAGGCCAGAUCGUCGCUGAAAUCGUUGCGAUCAUCGGUGCAGGCCGUAUGCCCGGUACCACCACAGAUUGAGCCGCAGCUGCCCAAAGAGAGAAAGACGAUAAUGCAGUGGAUAGCGCAGUAUAUUGAUUUGUCCCUGUUGAAGAACCCUCAAUUCAUCAUGAUGUGUUUCUCCGUCACCUUAAUGUCCACUGGUAGUCCGUACAUGCUCUAUUACCUCCCAGCGUACGUCCAUGCGGCAGGAUACACGAAAUCGGAAGCGGGAUACCUCGUGGCCAUUUCCGCCGUGCUGGAUCUCUGUGGGAGAUUAGGACUCGGAUGGCUUUCGGAUUUGAAGCUGUUCGAUCGACGGAAAGGAUAUAUCGGAAGUGUCGUGGGUGCUGGGGUGGCUGUAUUAGCAAUUCCGAUGGCUCACUCUUUCUACGUGUUGGCAUGCUCGGUGGGCAUGUAUGGGCUAUGCUUAGGUUGUUGGUUUCUCUUGGUUCCCGUCCUUCUCGCUGACCAAUACGGAACUGAUAAAAUAUCUUCCACUUACGGUCUUGUUAGGAUGUUCCAGAGCAUCGGAGCAAUUUCUAUCCCACCUUUGACAGGCUAUCUGCGCGAUGUAACUGGAAGUUACACCGUGUGUUUUCUGUGCAUGGGCACGUGUAUGGUCAUGGGAGGUCUACCUAUGCUCCUGGUUUUUAACGAAGUAUCGAAAUCGUCGACCGUUGAUAAUGAGAACAGUAACCGUCAGGAAGAGGCGACCGCAAAAGCAUAAGGAAACAAAAACCGAUAUUUUGCGAAUGUGUGAUUGAAUGUGUAAUAGAAAUCUAAUAAAUCGCAAAGUUUGUCGCUACAAUUUAUCCACUAUGAUGUAUUGCUUGGUUCUCAGUGUAAUCGAUACGUUUUCACGUAAAAAAAAGAUAUCUCGUGUCGCGACAGGUAAGGGUUUCACUUUGAUAAACUUUUACAAACGCACUGAUCACUCUCUGACUCUCGUUUUAUUGGUAAACGAACACGUUACAUUAUAUCAUUUACAAUUUUACGUUCGAUAUAAAAAUGAAUAUCAGACAGAGAAUGUUACGUACACAUAUACAUCGUAAAUAACUGCACCCGUAAAAAAGAAAAAACAGAAAUAGUUCACAGUUGUAAUUUGCCUUAUGUGUUACAAUACGAAAUGCUAUGUACAAUAUAUUUACAUGUUAUAUUAUGAUUAUUUGUAGAAAACGAAGAGUUGCGGCAGGUCCUGCGAUGAAACAAACGAUCUUAGUAGGAAAUACAUAUUUUUCAUACGAAAAACAGAUGUAAUUGAAUACAGCGAUCUUUAAUAAAAGUUAUAUUCUUUUCACGUA